AUGGCUGGACGCGUUGUAGUGGUUACAGGAGCCUCGCGGGGCAUUGGGAGAGCCGUCGUUGGGGAGUUGCUUGCCCUGGGCGACGAUGUCGUCGUCGUGGGGGUCGCGAGAGACGCCGCGCAAUUGCAAGAGGUGCAAGACGAGUACGGGGCAAGCAAGUUCCAGUACCUCGCUGGGGACGUUGCAGACGUGGCUUUGCAUGACUCGCUGAAGACGUUCCUCACUGAGAGGUACUCCCGGCUGGACGGGCUCGUUGCCAACGCGGGAAUGCUCGAACCAGUCGCACCCUUGGACCAGUUCCUGGACGCUGGUUCCUCCUGGGAGAGACACUUCUCCCUGAACGUGUUCUCCGUCGUGUCCCUCGUCGCAAGACUGCUGCCCCUGUUGAAACAGGCCCGUGGGAACAUCGUUGCCGUGAGCAGUGGCGCUAGCGUGAAACCGUACGCCGGCUGGGCCUGCUAUUGUGCCUCGAAGGCCGCACUGAACAGUUACACGCGGUCAAUCGCCUCCGAGGUGCCCGAAGUGCGCGCCAUCGCCGUCGCACCGGGUGUGGUCGCUACACAGAUGCAGCAGCACAUCAGAGAGACCCUGGGACCCCAGGGAAUGCCCGCUGCGGCACUCAAACGGUUCACCGACCUCCACACGGACGGUCUCCUGUUGGACCCGCACGUCCCGGGGCGCACCAUCGCAAGACUGGCCCUCGAGGGCAUCCCAGAGCAACUCAACGGCGAGUACAUCCGUCACGACGACCAGCAACUGCACCAGUAG